AUGAGAGGCACAACGGAAGAAGAAGAUGGAUUCACGAGCUUCUCUGAUGUUCUGAUGCUGUUUGAUGAUGUCCUUAGCUCCGGAGACGUUGGAGAAGACGGCUUCGGAUUCACCGGAAACGAGACUUCUCAAAUGGUCUCUUUCGGCGGAGGAAACCAAAACGACGCCGAAUUGCUCUUCUCACGACCCUCUUUCUCUCCCGCUUCUCCUCUCUCUUCACGCAAUAACGCUUUUGCGGUCGAUGAUAAAUCUUGUAUAUGCAAUUCCUAAUUCGACUUUCGAAUAGAUUCAAUCAGUUCGGGUGAUGAGCACGACCGGGUCUGCGAUCCAAAACCGGGUAAGAGAUGCAAGCGAGAUCAGACGAAGUCAUCGGUUGGAAAUGCUAAGGUUAAGAAAGAAAAGGUUGGUGAAAGAAUCACAGCAUUGCAACAGUUGGUUUCUCCAUAUGGCAAGACAGAUACAGCAUCAGUGUUGCAUGAAACAAUGGGUUACAUAAAAUUCUUACAAGACCAAGUUCAAGUUCUUUCAACCCCUUACUUCAAACAUAACCCUCUUGACGACGAAGACACCGGAGGAGUAAACCCGACGAUGAAAGUGAAAGAGUUGAGAAGCAAUGGUUUAUGUCUUGUUCCACUAGCUUGGACCGUACGUAACGGUGUUGAUUUAUGGUCCUCUGCUAUCUAUCUUGUCACCAGUCACACCAAAAGUGAACCAGUAGAGACUGUGGAAGUUAAAUCUUAUAAAGAUAAGCUUUUUGAUGCAUACAAGUAUUUUUGUUUGAGCGUUGAUACAUAAUUAAUGGAAUGCUUAGAGUAUCCCCAUUGCCCGAAAAAACGAUUUUCUCAGUGUCAGUAUAAAGGAUUUUUCCCUCGUGUUCGGCUAUA